GUUUUGCCAAUAAGCAGAGUUAUUUAUUGUUAUUUUUAAUAAACCAACGAUUAGCGACCGAACUUUUUAAAGUUUGGACUUAUAUUAGACGAAUAUACUCCCCUUCCGUAACUUUUAAGCACACAUCAUGGUUAUUGGUCUCUUGCUGCGCGGCGGUGCCGUGGUUGGUGCAGUCUACUAUACACGCAAAGCUGGCAUCUGGGGCAGCGCGGAGGAGACGGAUAAGCUGUACAACAAUAUAAAGGCGGAGCUGUGUCCAUAUGUGCAACAGGCGAAAAAGAAGCUGCCGUUUGAGGUGCCACAGCUGCCCAAGGCGGGCGAGAUGCGCUUCCUGGCCAAACACUACUACAACGAGGGCGUGAAGAACUCAUUCCGCUUCGUACAUAUGCUGCCCUGUUAUGCAGGCCGUGGCAUGAAGAAAGUGAAAGACACAUUCGAAGACUUUGCCAAGUCUCCAGCGCUUACGGCCGGCGACAAGGAGGCGACUGCCAGCAAAUAGACAAAGAAUUGUGCAGCUUUAACUGUUUAAUGGGACGAUGUUUUCAUGUUAGCUCAUAGUUAGUCUAUUCAAUACUAUGUUAAUGUAGCACUACUUCCCACAAAAACGAGAAACUGUCGAGCAGUGCUGCGAAAAGUCGAGCAAGUAGCAGUAGUUGCUAUAAAAAACUUACCUCUAUCCUUGGAAAACUUAAGAGUAUUGUACUCUAUAUUUGUAUAUUAGCAAUAAACUGAAUUAUGUUUUAAGCGUGAAAGCCGCCAUGAAAACUUACUAAGUAUCA